AUGACAGUGUCUUACCAAGGGUUCAUGAGCCGUCUCUCUAAAGAGGAGCAGGAUAACUACGACAUUAAGAAUGCGGCAGCAGAGUUUUACCGUGUUAACAGAGUCCCUCAGGAGAUAGAGACAGCCCUCAAUGAGCUAUUCUUUCACAAGCCUGAAAACGUUUAUGGUUACCUGGUUAAUUACUUUACAAACCUAUGUGCACCGCUGAGGAUCAGCAGACUGACGGGAAGGGAGGUUUAUGAUGCAAGAGGGCAACUAUCCAUCAAGGCAGAGGUCUUCUGCAUCGUUUGCAACAAGGAAAAGGACGAUGGUCGUGGGCAAGGCAAGUUUUUUCUCCGGGCCCUGGACACAAGAGGGGCAGGAAGACCCAUGCAGGUUGUCAUGUCCGCGUCCCUGACCACCCCCUUCUUGUCAGAAUAUGUAGCGACGACCCGGCCGAGCUGGAACUGUCCUCUCAGAGCAUUUUGGUCUGCUAUCCAGACCGCAUCUCCAAUUUCGACGCUCCUCCCUGCCCAGUGCCACUUGUGCCGGAUGAACAAGUUUGGGCCCGCCAGCUCACUCCACUUUGACCAGAACCUGUCCACUCCGGCCUGGAGAGCCCUCAGCCUGCGCCAAGGAUUGGACUCUACCGCCACACAGCAAGAGUCCUGUGUUGUCAUCCUUGGUCACAACCAGGCGGUUCAGGAUCGUGUCGUGAAAUUCUGCACCGUCCUGGGCCGCAAGGGCCAGGAACUCAGGAGCUCUUUGCCACUCCGACUCUUCAUCAAGCUCCUCAGGAGAUGCUCCCCUUGUAAUGAUGUCUGCUAUGAUGAGGUUGCCCUCAACCGACCUCCAGUCUUCUAUUGGUCGGGCCUUCUGGAUUUCUCCGAUGCGGUACGCAAAGAAGGUCUGAUAGCCAUAACUAUCCCUCUGGAUCGCUCCCAGAAUUGUUUGGCUAUCUAUGAAGUGGAUCCAGUGCACGACCUCGAUGCGGCAGUGCUUCUCAAAAACCCGGCGCUCUUCAACCAUGGCAGCGAACUGGGGCAGGUUUGCCGUUUCUCUCAUGGCAACCUGAGCGAUGCAGCCAGCAGGCUUAUCGCCGAUGUUGACCCUGACAACGACGAAGACUUCGAUUUCUUCCUCUGGGUUGUCUCUCCAGAGGAAGCGGUGAAGCUGGACUUUUUUGUCCUUCAGCCAAACGGAGUUGAGAUCAUUCGAACUUACCCCCAGGAACUCUGUUACUACUACUACUGUUCCAAACGAUUCUCACAAGGGGGAGCCAAGGUGGAACUGCUUCUGAGAGAAGACACCUGGGUGUUUGGACCUCAGUUUCUCCUUGGGCCUGAAGAGAAAUGGCCAGUGAACCCUGAUGGCCCUGAGAGAAUGUCCCCGGAUGACCCUGAGGUCAAGACAUCACUGGACUGGAGAGCGAAGAGUCAGGAGAGAGCUGACCAUGUGAUGACUGCUGCCCAGUGGAUUAAUGAACAUCUGAACAACAUGCUGAAGGGCCAAAACCCCUGUGAUCAAUCCGAUGUCGACCAUAUUCUCAGUAAUUUCUUCAUGGCCCGCUACCUGGAGGAGAAAGACGUCCGGAACAAGGAAAAGGAGGAAAGUUGUUCACCCAGUGAGCAUGAGGGAGUGUUGUCUUCUCCACUACCCCCACAGAUGAAAGCCAAGAAAAGUACUGAUAAAGGUAGAAAGAGCAACACUGCAGAGAAGCCAAUCCCUUCAGCCGAGCCACCCAAGCCAAUUUUGCCUGGGAGCUUGGCCAUUGGCUCAGUGUCUCCGGCAGUGGCCAAAAGUGGGGCAAAAAUACAAGAUAUCCCACUGUACAAAUACAUAGCUGCUCUGAAAAACAGAAAGGCUCCAACACAGUUUCACAUCCCUGUCUCUUUGGUAGCUUUGCUGAACUAUGGGAAGACUUCUCCUGGAAAACUGAAUUUACUUGAGGAAGUCAUCCUGAUCCCCAAAGUUGGACAGCAAGUCAAACAAAUAAUCACAAUGACCCUUGAGAUACAGAAGGAGAUGAUGAGAAUAAUGAACAUGGCAACAAAAGCUGGGGCCAUCCAGGCAAUACUGUGUGACAGGGGAGUGAUGGCUGCAACCUAUGAGCGACCCCAGCAGCCUCUAGAUCUGAUCACUGAAGCCUGCACUAAUGUUGGACUGGCACUGGGGACAGAGAUCCAUUUAGCAGUAAAAUGUGCUGCCCCUGAGUUAUUGGACUAUUCUAAGGGAAAGUAUGAAGUUGUAACAGGAGUUUUGAAGUCACCAGAUGAAUUAGUUGAUCUGUACCAAAACCUCAUCAGGAAAUACCCAGCAGUGGUGGCCUUAAUCGAUCCAUUUAGGAGAGAGAACAAAGACCAGUGGGAAAAGUUGAGCAAUGUGAUUGGAGGCUCAUGUUCGCUGCUCUCUGACAUGACUUAGAAGUUAAAGGCUCCGCCCCUUCCAGGAGUCAGAGGUCACAUCUUAAAACACAUUAAUGAGACAACAGUCAGUGAUUUGAUCACCAAGGUUUCUAAUGCUAAUUAUGUCUUUGUUUCUACACUAGGAUCAGUGUUAAUGGGAACAACAUGCAGUGAGCCCUGCAGUGAUGACCCUUUGUCAGAUAUAGCUGUGGGUCUGGACCUCGACUAUAUCAAACUGGGAGGUCUGAGCGGCGCUGAGAGGAUGACUAAAUACAACCGGCUGAUUUCUAUAGAGGAAGAACUGGCCCAACAGGGAAUCUUGGUCUCCAAGGAGCGGCACCCCCUUCUACUGUUCACUGAAAAACUUCAGGAGCAGUCAGCUACUGCGUAGAGCUCUCUGGGCCUG